GGCAGUCUUAAAUUUAAUGAUGACUUGACUUAUGAACAACACCAGAUAUGAAAUGAAGUCGCUUAUACAACCUCUGCACUAUCUAGGGCCAACCAUAGCAACAUAUUUGAUUUACUUGCAUGAACCUGACUCUGGUAAGGGUUCAUUGGACCACUUCAUGAGGAGAGGUCAUCGAUGCCAUCGGUCACGGAGUGAGGGCCUCAUCCCGUCUUCUUGGCGCCGUGGCAAUAUUUGUAUCUGCGCACCCCUUCUCUUUACACCCCACUUGCUCUGGAUCUUCUGGAUUGCAUUUCCGUUGAUAUUUCGCGUCGGCGUCAUGUGGCAACAUAGUUAUAGGGAUUGGAAAAGAAUUCAUCUUGCCACCAUUUAGUAUAAUGUCAUCGGCGUCAGAAGAGAACCUACGAUUUCUUUCUUGGUUGGUGGAAAACAUGGCUUGCCAGGAGAUACUCAAAGUGCUUCUCCUUCUAGAUGCAUUCUGGCAUUGGCGUUUCCGUACGUUGCUCAUGUUGCGAUAGAGUCUAUUAGGCACAGAGGGGUGUGAUGUCUCUUGUAACUUUGACAGUUAUAAACUAGAAAUAGAUAGUUGUAGACUGUCACUGGCAUUUAUGAUGUGAAAUAUCUAAUCCCUCCCAAACUUGAGGGUCACCACCCGAUGGUCUCACCCGAGGGCCUCAAUGACCCCACACCAGGUA